AUGACAUCAAAACAGGUAGAAGGAUCCCGAUUAAAACGUACCUUUACAUUACCUCGUAAUCCCUUUGGGACAUCGAAGGCCACUUCAAGUAAAAAUAAGGCCAAUGAGAAUGAAAGUAAGCCUACUAGUGCAAAGACCACGAUGAGUGUUAAUCAAAAAGAUGAGGGAGGUAUGGAAAGGAAGUUAUUUAGAAGGCCUUCAUGGAAGAUAUUUUUGAACAAAAUCGCUCAGCAUAUGACUACAGUGAACAUUUCAGGCGUGAAAUCUCAACCAGUUAUAACACAUACUGAAAGAGUACCUUGCAGUGGAGAGCCGCCGUGGCCGCCUGGAGCCGUUCCAGCAGCCACUGGCAUCAAGAAUCACGGCAAUACUUGCUACAUGAAUGCUGUAUUGCAAUGUCUCUCUCACACAGAUGUUAUUGCUGAGUAUUUUGUUCUAGAACAUUAUAAGAUUGAUUUGCAAAAGAGGAAUAAGAUUAAUUCGAAAAAAUAUGGUACACGGGGUGAAGUUACCGAGCAAUUGGCAGCUUUAUUAAAGGCGUUAUGGUCGUGUCGAUACACUUCAGAUAUGAGUGUAUCUUUUAAGGCAGCGGUAGAACGGCAUGGAACACAAUACAGAGGACACAGUCAGCAUGAUGCACAGGAAUUCCUAUUUUGGCUAUUAGAUAAAGUUCACGAGGAUUUGAAUACAGCUACUAAGAAGAAAUAUAAAACAAUCAAAAAUACAGUUGGUAAAUCUGAUGAGGUGGUUGCAGCGGAGACAUUGGCGAACCAUGCUCGUAGGAACAGUUCCUUUGUGCAGGCUGUGUUUCAAGCACAGUACAGAUCAGCCCUUACAUGUGCAAAAUGUGAGCGUACAUCUUGUACAUUUGAUCCGUUUCACUGUGUGAGUGUUCAACUUCCAACACGACCAGCCACAGCGCAACCCUCACCAUUACCUGUUAAUGUCGUGUAUGUUAAUCAACAACCUCGACAAGUGCGUAUCGGUGUGGAGCUUCCUCCGAACUCAACAAUGGAUGACCUUCGAACAACUCUGAACUCGGACACUGGCAUUGACAGAGAUAAUAUCAUACUGGCUGAGAUAAAUGAGACCGGUUGGAGCACCGCUCGCGCUAGUUGGGAGCCGGCUGGUAUAGACGCAGGCGCCCUCUAUUGUCUGGAGGCGCCUCCUCUCCUACAAACACCAACUGCACCAUAUUUAUUGCUACUAUGGGUCAAUCUACUUGAAGGAGAGCGUUUCGGUUCACCAUAUGCUAUGCAAGUCCCAAGAGAGAUAUCAUACGAAGAUCUCCAGAAGCUCAUGUUGAAGGAGAUGUGUCAAGUGAUUGCUGAGAAUGUGCUUGAAAAUGCACAAGGGGCUGAUAUAUUCAAAGCUAGGAUCGCUGAGGCUCAUAGACCACGUGACCCAGCAUAUCUACAGCCUGAACUACCUCAUCCCUUGUUUGCUCUAGAUGUUGAACAAGCACUGUGUGCACACGACAAAUAUCCUCAUCUAAGACUCGAACUAUUAUGGGACCCUGCUCAUAGGGACAGUAUAAUCCGUGAGUCGAGCGAGUCGUGUGAGGUUCACGUGUCCGCGGUACAGCCCGGACCGCUAACACUACACGCGUGUCUACAACACUAUACGAGGGCGGAGCAACUGGCGCAGGAGGACGCCUGGAGAUGUCCACAGUGCCAGAGAUAUAUGCCGGUCGUAAAAACUCUUGGCCUAUGGUCACUGCCUGAUGUUUUAGUCAUUCAUCUCAAGAGAUUUAGACAACAAGCCAAAUGCCGCACCAGUACGAAACUGACCACAAUGGUAGAGUUUCCUAUCAACGACUUUGAUAUGACACCCCACCUCGUACGUCGGAACCAAUCUAAUGUGGAGUCACCCGGACAUUCCCGAUCACCACGACGGAGACAUUCUAAAACGCCGUCUACACAAGAAAAUAUAUAUGAUUUAUACGCUAUCUGCUAUCACCAUGGAGAUGAUUUGGAAACUGGUCAUUAUACAGCCGCCUGUAGAAACCCAUACGAUAGGCACUGGUACAAAUUUGACGAUUCCAAGGUCACACAAGUAGAUGACGAAAACAAGUACUCCGAACUUGUGAAUAACUCUGCCUACAUGCUGUUCUACAGACGAAAGAAACCGAAUGUCGUCCAUUCUUGUUCGACAGAAGAAAAUGAACAUUGGGCCUUACGUAUGCCGAAAUACGUGAAGCCUGUCGGAGAACCUCUCAAUGAAAUAGCUGAGAUCAAGGAAGAAAACGUCGAUGAUACAAAAUCAGCUUCCAAAGAAACCUUACAACUCGAAUCACCGAACAUAACACCAUCAAGAAGUAUAUCUAGUCUAUCAGAUAAGACGGAGAGUCCCACCAAGCAACCAAUAGUCAUACACACUACAAUGCAAUCUCCAACAUUACAGCGACCGUUAAUAGUAGAAGUUAACGGUGUUGCGAACGACGAACUAAGCGACUAUGAAAACGAAACGAGUAUGCCAAUUGAGCCGUACAUACAUAAAGAUGUACAUGUAAAUCCUAAGAUGACCCCAGUGGAUACAAGGCGGCCUAGAUCGGUAGAUUACCCCGCUCGGUCAAGUACUUCGCCAUCAUCCAAGGAUUCCAAUAGGAACUAUGAAAGUUCUCCACUAGUUGCUAGCAUCAAUGGAGUCGAAUAUCAUCCCACUACAGAGGAUCUGAUGCUGUCAAUGUUCCAAGAGUCGAAAUACAUAGUGCCGAGACAUAUGACUGGGGAAUCACAUAGAACAGGCGAGAAACCUGUUUGGAAAACUCGAAUAUCCACAUCUGAUGAUGCCGAUUAG